AGCUCCGCACCAUAUAAAUACAGUGGUGGCGAAGAGCGCUGGGACUUCAACAGACGCAGCUCGCGAGCAGUGAGUCGUGGAUUACAGCAUUAAACACGCUGAACUCAUUGAUUAGAGGAAAGCAACGAGAAAAAAGCAAGCCGCACACGACCUCAAGUGUUCUCUCCAGCUGCCUCAGAUCCUAGUGAAAGUGUUCCAGAUGUGCUGACGGGAAAGGCUGCACAAGAAGCUUUACCUGCCUUGUCGAGGGCGUUUAACCCCCGUUGUCGAACCUGUGCACCCAGCGCCAUGGUAACCCAAAGUAAGUUUGAGCCCAUGAUGUCCAGCACCCUGCUCGAUGCCGGUGCCAGGCUCACCCCCCACCACUACAAGAUCUUUAGCUCCCAACUGCAGUACCAGCUGGUCAUCGGCACCGUUUGCAAGCUUCAGGAGAGUGGCUUCUACUGGGGAGCCAUAAGUGGCAAGGAGGCCAACAGUCUGCUCAGCGAGGAGCCUGUGGGCACCUUCCUGGUGAGGGACAGUUCAGACCGGCGCCACUUCUUCGCCCUGAGCAUCAAGACCGCGUUUGGCCCAAAGAACCUGCGCAUCCAAUGUGACGGCAACUCCUUCUUCCUGCAAGCAGACCCGAGGGGCUCGUCCACGGCACCACAUUUCAACUGCGUGCUCAAGCUAGUGCAUCACUACAUGCCUGCCAAGGUGGCAGACGGCAAGGGGGGCAUGUGUGGCGUCUACUUCAUCCACACCGGGGGUGAGAAGAUCCCCCUGGAACUGCUGCGACCCCUGUCCUCCAGCAUGUCCACGCUGCAGCACCUGUGCCGCAAGGCCGUCAACGGCCACCUGGACAUGUCUGACAAGAGGGAUCUGCUGCCCAGACCAGUCAAGGAAUUCCUUGAGAAAUACGACUCCUCCAUCUAGUCUUCCUGGACUGCUGCUCUAUCCAGGUGGUUCUCAGGAUCUGAUCGGUCGGUCCUGGGUGACGGGCUUACCGUUGGGGCCCAAAGCUGGCUGUCUCGUCCCGGUGGGCCUGAGACAAGAGCCUUAAGAUGAUGGGGGGGAAGGGCAGAUGGAGGCCAACAGCUGGUGAUAGUUGGUGGGUGGUGAUUAAGAGCCCCCCCCGAAGCCGCCUUGGGAACAGCCGGUUCUAUCGUGUAUUGAGUUGGACUCUGCUGCUAAUCCCUCGGGCGUGAAAAGCGACAAUCUCCACCCUUUGAGAUUUCGGGUUUGUCGGUGCUCCGGGCAAGAAAUGCCGACCUUCCCGUAUGUGAUGACUGGUGCUUCCGCCGUUUCCUGCCAAGAAAAUGGAGGGACUCGGGUACUGGGUGAGGGUGAUGCCUACAGAUCAACUGGGAACGUGACACUCAUGGGACGUGUUUCCCGGCCGCAGUGCCAGGAAACUGCCACAUGGAUUAAUAUGUGACUAGACUGCAUAGAAGUCCACUGCCUUCUGGCAAUAUGCAGCCAGUAACGCGUGAGCAUGUACUGUGGGGAGUCAAACACACCCUGAAGCAGACAGUGGCGUCGCUCUUCACAGCGGUUUAAAAGGCUGCUCCUCCGUGCCAAAACCCUGUGUUUAGAAGAGCGGAUUGAAGAGUGACUUUUUUUUUUUCCCAAGAUCUGACUUGAUGGGUGCACUCUGUGGUCCCAGGUGGUCCAGAUUCAGACAUGAAGGCCACUCUGGUGCUGUAUCCUGUGACCACAGGAGAAACGGACCUUUUGAAGAUGUCUCUGCGGGAUAAGGCAGAUCUGUUAUCUUCCUCCAUUGAGUGACAGGUCUGCCCCUCGAAUAGGACUCCUCACCUGGUUUAUAGAACAUGUCCAGAUUGGAGAGAUCUAUCUUAACUAUGUUCAAAUGUGGGGCCAGCUGACCUGGCAUUUUACACAUGUGAAGAUAUGAAAGAAACAAAAUGAAAACUUUGCACAUUAUUUAUAUUUAUGAUGUUUUCAGUAAUUUAUAUUAAAGACCUAUUUUUUACCAAGUGAAAA